AUGGACGAGGAUGUGGGCGAUGCUGACAGCGCAGCGAAGACGCCAGCAUCGGUGCCGUCGGCCAAGAGGCGGAUCCAGCAGGCCAAGAAGCAGCUGAACGAAUAUGAGCAGCGCUUAGUGGGCAGCAUUGUGGACCCGCAGAGCAUCCCGACCGGAUUCUCGCAGGUGUGCGUGCAGCCAGAGACAGUGACGACGCUGCAAGAGAUCAUCACGCUGCCGAUGCUCCGGCCGGAGUACUUUAGCCAGGGGGUGCUGAAGCGGCACGGUGUGUCAGGGAUCCUGCUGUUCGGGCCGCCGGGGACGGGCAAGACGAUGCUGGCGAAGGCGGUGGCAAAGGAGUCGGGCAGCGUGGUGCUGAACAUCCGGGCAAGCGACGUGUACGACAAGUACGUCGGGGAGGGCGAGAAGCUGGCAGAGGCCGUAUUUACGCUUGCGCGCAAGCUGGCGCCAUGCGUGGUGUUCAUCGAUGAGGUGGACGCGCUGUUUUCGGCGCGGUCGUCGGGCGAGCCGAACAAGUUCCGGCGGGACGUGAUGAACCAGAUCAUGGCCGAGUGGGACGGGAUGAAUACGAGCCGGGGCAAUGCAUCGCGGGUGAUGGUGAUGGCGGCGACAAACCGGCCGUUCGACCUUGACGAUGCAAUCCUGCGGCGGCUGCCGCGGCGGAUCCUGGUGGACCUGCCGGGGGAAAAGGAGCGGGCGCAGAUCCUGGAGAUUCAUUUGGCAGGCGAGGCCGUGGAGGAGGGAAUAGAUUUGGCGGCGAUCUCUGGGCGCACGCAGGGGUUCUCGGGGUCGGAUCUGAAGAACCUGUGUGUGGCAGCGGCGCUGGCAGCACUGCGCGAGCGGGUGCGGCAGGAGGUCGGGGACAACGGCAGCAUGGACAAGCUACGGGCGACUAGGGCGGUGGGCGGGACGAUCAGCUUGGGGAUGCGGCACUUUGAGCAGGCGCUGAAGAAGGUGGCGGCCAGCUCGUCGGACCAGAUGGAGUCGCUGAUGGAGCUGCGCAAGUGGGACAAGAUAUAUGGAGACGGAGCGCAGGAGCGGAAGCGCACGCAUACGAUUGGGUUUGCGGGCCAGCCGGCAGAGGAGGAAAGUAAGGCCAGCAGGGAUUCUCCGGGCCUUGGCGAAGGUGGAGCGGCCAAGGCAGACGAGGACACAAAGAAAUAG